AUGCCCAUUAUACAAUCCUGUUGUUGCUGGAGGAGCCUUCGUCGCGGUUGCUACGCAUCGGCGUUCUAUACGAUGGUUUACUUCUCCGUAACCAUCAUUACCAUGGGACAUUUCAUAGAAGUUGAACAACGUUACCUUAGUGGAGAAAUGAAAGAGCCAGAAUCAGAAAGUUUUUUGGAACCUGAAAAAAUUACUCCAGUAACCGUUUCUUUGAACAUCACUCUACUGGCAUGUAGUACUUUGGGACUCAUCGCUUGUGUUGUUCUGAUUUUAGGUGUCUACAAGGAUAUGAAAUUUAUGUUGCUGCCGUGGAUCGUCGCAAUGGGCCUUGAAACUCUUGUUGAAGUUAUCAAUCUCGUCUAUCUGUUUUAUUUACAGACUCUCAACUUUAACCCGAUUACUUCGUUCCUGUUUACUUUGGAUUUCUUCAUCAUCGCGCUUAAUGUUUAUGCUAUGAUUUGCGUAAUAUCACAGUUUCAAGAGUACUUAGAAGGUCGAGGUACUGCUGCUUUUGAUGAUUCGGACAGGCUCGCCGCAGUGCAAUACACUGCCACUGCCCAACAUACCACCACCACCAGCUCUGCCCCAAGUGGUCGCCGUCGAUCCGCCGGAAAGCCCAUGCCGAGUCGUUGUGAUCCCGAGGAAUUCUCAGAGGCCCCAACAAAGGCGAUUACUUCCGCUCUUUCGAAACCUUCUCGCUCAGCGGUAAAAAAACACGUACAGUUUCCCGAUGAACAGAGUUGCAUCGAAGAGGCCACUGAAGCUCCAGAGAACAUAGAAGAAAAACCCGAGGCCCGCGUGAUCAGUUCCUUGUGGAUGGAGUUGGAGUCUGAAGCACCGCAGCCGGAGCGCUGA